AGAAUAAUGAUGACCGAAAAUUUAUUACAUGAUAUUAAUGAGGAUGAAUCCUCUCCUUAUUUUAUUCCCGUAACCGAUAGUGAUCAUUAUGUGUUCAAAUCCGUCCUUAAAAGCAACUAUAUCAGUCCAAUUGACAUGUCCACCAUGAAGACUUGCUUGGACAUUGCAUACGGUGGUGGUGCUUGGAUGAUGGAAAUGGCCACUGAUUUCCCCAACUGCCACUUUUAUGGAAUUGACAUCGAACCGCGAACACCCGAUGCGGUAUAUCCUCACAAUUGCACCUUUGAAAAAGGAGAUUUCCUAAAAAAUCUCCCUUACCCGGAUAACACGUUUGACCUU